GGAAAGAGCAACCCACAUGGAGACCAACCACUAGACCCGAACCAACCCGUUACUUCAUUCGUUUCUCUUUGGGAACUGGAACUCUUGCUUCUUUCCUCUGAAUCUUCAUCAGCAAAGUCUGCCUAUCCAGUCAAUCCGGUCUUUCGUGCACCAAAAUCCACCAGCCAAUCUCUCUGCAAAUCCGACUUUAUUGCGACUUAUCCCAAAGGACUGGUUUGCCCACGAUGCCUGCCGGGGAUUGUUCCUCUUCGCCGCCAUCCGAAUCGGCGUCAAGCGAUGGCGGCAGUCCAGCGCCCGAGCAGCGCUCCCUCGCCAUCCGAGAUGGAAACAGCAGCAAACGGAAACGUGCCCUGACGGCAGGUUCGACGAAUGGCGCAACAUCUUCCCGGAGACGUACACAAGAGGCGGGCCCGGACUUAGAUCAUGAGGGCAUGUCGGACGAAUACGACCCCGACCAAUCCAUGGAGGAGAGGCGGCGUCUUCAGCGGGCCUUCCGCAACCUGCAAAAGGACGUCGCCGAGAACAUGGAGGAAUACAUGCAGCCAAACUCGAAGGGUCUGCAGGAGGCCCUCCUGCAAGCCAACGAGCUUUCACGCGAUGUAAAGCAGACCAACGAAGCCGCCAUCGAUUCUAACCUUCUCACCACCGUCGUUGACCUGUCCUACCGCAAAACCCUUCGUCUUGUCCAGGGCAGCGCCGCACAGGGCGUCGACGCGGACGAGUUCGUCUCCAAGUGCAUCACCUACAUGCGUCAGGGCGGCGGCAUAGUCGAGGACGACGCCCCCAGCCUUUCCAGCACGCAGCGUCAUCGCCGUCGCACCACCACGAGGGGCCAGUCUGGCGGGGCCCUAGGCGUCAACGACGACGCCGACGACGACGAAAACGACGAAACCCUCAACUGGCCUCACCUGGGCCGCUACGCCUGUCUCCCCCACACUCGGCGCCCCGCCCUGACGGGGUUCCUCGUCGGCCCGCUAUCUUCGGAGAAGAAGGUCCGCAAAUUCGUCAAACGAACCGCGCCACUACGCCGCGAAGACCUAGCCGAGACGCGACCGGAAGUGCUCGACGUCGAAGCUCUCGCCAAAACCGAGAACGACCUCACCGCCGUAUGCGCCCGCAUUCUCAAACAGCUCCGCGACGUCCAGGCCCGGGCCCAGGCCACCCUGCAGGACAUCUUCGAGCGAAACCCGGAUAUGGAUCCCGAGGAACAGGCCCGCCUCAUGGAUCGCCACGGACUCCGCGACACCGGCGGCGUGGAUCUGCUGCGCUUCGUCGUGAAUCCGAAGUCAUUUGGUCAGACUGUUGAGAACAUGUUCUAUGUCAGCUUCCUCAUUCGGGACGGCCGUGUAGCUGUUGAGUUUGACGAGAACGAACUUCCUUCUUUGAGUCCGGUGGACAGAGGAGACACAACAAAUAAUCCCACGAGGCCGAGCGAGACCGCAAAGCACCAGGCUAUCUUCGCCAUGGACAUGAAAACUUGGCAAGACAUCAUAGACACAUUCGACAUUAGAGAACCCAUGAUAGAACAUCGGAAAGAAGCACAACAAUCUGGACCCGGCGCGAGAGGUUGGUAUAGCUAGGACGACCCGGAAUAAGGACGGUGCGGCGUUGGUUGGUCCUUGUGUGAUACAUAUCUGUCAUGCGUAUCGGCGCUUUGGUGUUUUCGAUGAUACCUUUUUGAUGUCCUUCUCGUCUUUCUGAGGACGCGGGUACAGCUUGUGACAAUAUCAGCUUGAGAUGUCUUUGGAUGUCAUGGUUGUGGUGGAAACCUAUCUAAGACGAAUGAAAUGGGAAACGGAUUGGAAGAGACGAAUGACAGCUUGCUGGCUGUUAUUCCCUCCAUUGUUUUCACUCUCACUGUCAAUCUCGCUCGGGAUGACCUCGACUUAACGGUCUCUGCUUACUUCUGCACUUUUCGGCCACUCAUUAACUCACCCCAAGUUUCUAGGCUUGAACGAGGCCAUCUGCGUCUAUCCAACUUG